AUGAAGUUCACCAUCGCUACCCUUGUUACUCUUGCGGUCUCGGCCGUCGCUAUGCCUUCCGUCAACGGAGGCCAGCCUAAGAAGGUUACCAUUGCCCAGGCUAGUGGCCUAUGCCAGGCCGGCAAGGUCUCCUGCUGCAAUCCCAAGAAGGAUAUCAGCGGCAAUGGCGUUCUCGGUAACCUCCUUGCCGAGGGACUCCUGAACAACUUGAUCGGUGUUGGCGAUUCCGCCUGUGUAUCCCAGAGCCUGAUCAAGAACUUGAACAUUCUCGGCUUUGUCGAGGAGGGCCAGGAGGGAGCUACCUGCAAGAACACCAUUGCUUGCUGCCCUACUGGAAAAGAAUGCACUGCCAUCGAGGCAUAG